UGCUACCAUUCUGAUACUGAUUUGAAAUUGCGCUAUUGUGUUUUCUAGCACAACAUCGUCCAUCGUCAACUCGCAGGCUGCUGUCCUCUACGUGGACGUUCUCUCUCGGCACUUUAAAAACCUAGAAUCCAAUGUCCGUUGGACGACUCGCUGCAUAGCAUUUCUUCUCGGAGCUCUUAUGACGUCCUAUAGCUGCGUCGUUGUCUACAUGGGAUCUGUAACGAGGCUCCUCAUAAUGGUUUACGGAGCCGCCACUGGUCCCUUCGUGGGACUUUUUAUUCUGGCCAUAGCCUUCCCUUUCGUGCAUUCAAAAGGAGCAGGAAUAUCUACACUGUUCAUGCUAGCUGUUGAAAUUUUCGCAUUGUGGUGGUCGAUUCACAAUGGCAUCAAACCGCCACACAUGCCCGUAUCGAUUGACUACUGUCCAGACAACAACACCGUUGCGUCUUUUGGCACAAACCUCACAGUCUCCUUUUCUUCGAACAGGUCACAGAGAAAUACAGCUCCUGUUUCAAUAUCACCAUUAUGGAGCUCUCUCCUUGGGAUGUUGGCUACAGUUCUACUCGGGAUACUCAUAAGUGUUAUCACAGGUGAGCACAGGCAACGUCAUGCAGACGUCACCCACUUGAGCAGGUGCUGCGUUCGGUUCUGGCGUAGGUUGGGUGUUAUGGAAUCUGAUGAAAGCUUCUCAAUAAAGGAAACAGAAGAUGGAAAAGGCGAACCACUAACAACGAAGACACUUUUACCACCCCUAAGUGAAGACAAGCAGGAAUCAACCGUUUGAAAUUUCAGAGCCAAAUGAUUUCAUUUUACACCAGAUAACCUCACUGCACAUUCAUAGAUACCAUGACAUCUCUGUGAUAGUCCAGUAGUAACAAAAUCAUCUAUAGAUGGUGAAUAAUUUAUGCUAUAAUCAGCAUUCUCAUCUUGGAUCGCGGCCCCUGACGUCAGCGCUACAGCAAGGAGCGAUCCCUGUGGCUUCAAGAGCUUCGCACGAUACCACAUAUCACACGGUGAUUUGCUCGUAGCCUUGUAUCAUGCACUAUAGUACUACGGCCGCAUUGCCGUCAUCGCGCGAUUUGAGCCUUAUUGGCGCCACGGUAACUUGGGCCAUUCUGUGUCAAGACCAAUGGCAUGUGUGACCUUGGUCGUACCUUUGUCGUGGCACUGUAUGGAUUCAACUAUAGUUACAGAUUGAACACUGCUUGACUUGCCUCUAGGGGAACGUACUCUAGGCACCUAAGGUCAGGAAAACCCUUCUGCCUACUUUAGACGUUAUACUGAGCUUUCCUAAGGCAGUUGGGCGCGAUUCCGCUAAUAGAAGAGGCCAAAUCAUGAAGUCAGUAUGAUGGUAUCGAGCUCCGUGAUUAUGCUGGACAUUUUGAAGAAGUUCUGCGUUGUUUUAUGUUGAAAUAAAGCCAAAUUUUUUUAU